CAAAGUGAGAAAAGAUUGGAGAUGAUGACAGAGAUGCAAUCUGAUAAGAGAUCGGAUAUAGAGAGACAGAGAGAGAGAGAGAGAGAGAGAUGCGUAACUGUGCGUGUGAAACCAGAAACAACAACACCCUGCGACUAGCUACAGGGUAAAGAGAACAUGCAUUGCUCUUCUUUUAUCCUCACAUUGGUUUGUUUCUCUCAUAUUUUGGGGAAUUUUAUAACUUGCGGUGAACAGUACCAUCUGGAGUGUCUCAGUAAUUAUUUAUCCAAUAUCACCUGCUCCCUGAACAUCUCGGCUGAGUCUCUGGGCAAUGAAUCAUCCUACUGGCUGCAUUUCAGCACAUAUGACGAACACCAUGACUGCACACUGAAGAUGGGAGAACAGUCGUUACUGUGUGAGUUGGAUUUGUCACCGGAAGUGAUUUUCAGCGAUGUGGACAGCUACAGGAUCUCCCUCCAUUCCGGUUACCAUGGCAACAACUUCUCUGUCAUACUAGAUGCUAACUUCAUGCCUAGUAAAAACAUUCGUCCGUUCCCUCCGUCUGACCUGUCGCUGAUCUGGGAGAAAGACCGGGCUCUUUUCCAGUGGCAGAGCGGAUAUGAUGCAGACAAUAGUUUACUCAUAUCCCACUUACAGUACCAGCUCAGCAUUUACAGUCAACACCAGCUGUAUGAGGUAGAAGCUGUUGACCAGAAGGUGUAUGUGGAUGAGUCUAGAUUUGAGCCUCACACAAAUUACACAGUGCGCGUGAGAUCGCAGCCAGAUCAAGUGGAUUACAAGGGCGUGUGGAGUCUGUGGGCCCCUGCGUUACACUGGAGAUCAGGGGACAUUCAAAAAGAGACUCCAGGAGGAUCGUUCCAUAUUGCCUGGUAUCUACUGCUAUUGCCAUUGCCACUGGUCCUUCUGUCCUGUAUCCCAUAUUCUAGAUGGAGGAAGAAUGAUUUUAUACCAUCACCAGCCCCUUAUUUCAGAGACUGGGAUAUAGAUGUUCAGAUCCAUUCAAUGCUGUCAGGGAAGAUGAGAGAUAUAAUGCAGGGGGAGGAGUCUCUCCAGAUUGACAUUCUGACGGAGAGCACAGACACGCCCCCUCAACCCACCAGCUUAGACUAUGAGGAUAUGGGAGAGAUAGAUGAGCAUGAGUCUCCCAGCAUGCCGCAGUCUCCUGUGGGUUCAGAGGUCGACUCAGGCUGCUGGAUUCGCGAUUUUGUCACAACCGAGAGAGGAAGCAUCACAUGCAGUGAGGACUACUGCACACUCUCUGGUUCACACACUUAUGCAGUCUAACAUGUGCAUGCAAUCUACUGUUCAAAAGUUUGGGGUCAAUAAGAUUUUUUUUUUUUUUUUAAGAAAAUUGCUUUAUGCAGCAAGGACACUAACAUUAAAUUAAUCAGAAGUGACAUUACAGGCAUUUAUGUUAAAAUAUUUCAAAUAAACUACCUAUUCAAUAAAGAAGUCUGAUAAAAAUAUGAGGCGGCACAACUGUUUUCAGCUUUGAUAAAAGUAAGAAAUGUUUCUUGAGCAGCAAAUCAUCAUAGAAUGCUUUCUGAAGGAUCAUGUGACCCUGAAGACUGGAGUACAAAUUCAGCUUUGCAUCACACGAAUAAAUUAUAUUUUAAAAUAUAUUAAAAUAGAAAACAGUUAUUUUAAUUUGUAAUCUCUCACAUUAAAUGAACCCUCAAAAAUAUUUAAAAUCUUACAAACCCCUUUUUGAGCGGUAGUGUACAUGCAGCACAAGUUUGGAAACGAGGCUAAAUUUGAACAGUAAGGAAUGUAUUUUUAUUUUACGUAUUAUGUAAUGUGCUAAUAUACUACAUGCACUUUUGCUCUUUGCACAAAAAUCUAUGUAUUCACACAUGCUUACCUGCUUUAACAAGCAAAUCCUGCUAAAUAGCUGAAUCAUAGCAGUUUAUUUAACACAAAUUACAUAAAGCAAUCAAGUAAACAGUAUAUAAUCCGACAUUUGAAAAGACAAAGCGGAGGCAUUUUAAGGCGAAAAAUAAAAAUAAGUAAAAACUAAAAGUACAAACUUGUUUGCAGUUGAAAAAUGUAAUUUUUUUAUUCUGUACUUUUUUGAGUUAUAUUUUUAUAUUUAAAGCUGUUCUACAAUGCUUGCAGUUCAA